AGAGAAUAUUAGAAGAUGUUUAGUUUCCACAAACCCAAAGUUUACCGGUCACCUUCAGGUUGCUGUAUUUGCAAGGCUAAAUCUAGCAGCUCACGCUUCACUGACAGCAAGAAGUAUGAAGAAGACUUUGUAGACUGUUUCCAGCUGGAGGAGAGAAGGGCAGGAGAGGUGUGCAAUGCUUGCGUGUUGCUUGUCAAGCGAUGGAAGAAACUGCCUCCUGGUACCCAACGACAUUGGCGCCAUGUGGUUGACGCAAGGGCAGGACCAGGAACGAAAUCUUUUGUCAAAAUAAAAUCAAAGAAGAAUGGCAAACACAAAAUCAAAAGUAAGAAACAUAUUGAAGAGGAAGAAAUAGAAGACGAGUCUAAGAAAAUGAUAGAGAAUGAUGAACACCAUGAAUUUGUUAUAAAUGACAUAUCAGAGGAAUUUUCUGAGCCAUCAAGCCCAAUAGAGGAAGAUGAACCUAUCUCCAUGUGCAUGCGUUCACACAAGCGUCUCAACACCUCCCCACCUGUCAGCAGCUUUCUCGAUAUGACUUUCUGGAAACGGGAAAAGGUUUGUUGUGGAGUUAUAUUCAAAGGUCCACAAGGACAAGUAAUAAUAGAUCCCCGAUUCAUGAAACCAUGCAUGUUCAAACGUGCAGCUCCACCCCCACCUCCACCCACCACUAUUACCAAGGUGUACAGUGACAACUCCUCCGACUCUGGUUACGAUGAAUCCUCCAAUCCAGGAGAAGGCGGACAAUCCAACACCAGUAGUAAUUAACAAAAGUUACAAUUAGACAUCACAUUAUUCAAAAUACCUGAUUAUUUCAUCUACUUGUUUCAUAUUUUUGUCAUUUUUUAGUGACAAUCAAAUUGUCUCUAGCGUUGUUUCAUUUUUUAUAUACAGGGAGUUACAAAAUUGUAAAUUUAUCUCAAGCAUUCAGGUUUAAGAAUUAGUCCAUUAAUUGUCUGGUUUGAUUUCUAGUUUCAAGUCUUAAAUGUUGCAUUAUGUCACAAAAAGACAAACUUGGUGGUUUUAUUGUUUCUUGUGUUGUUUAUUAAUAGUCAAAUUAGUGAUCCUAGGUGACAAUAUUACUGUACAAUAAAUGUUACAUUUGACAUCUUCCAGAUGUCUUGGGGCUCAGAAAGUUAAAAACUCAACCAAGGUUUUUUUUAUUUUUAAGUAAUUCAGCAAAAGUGUAUAUAUUAAUAUAUUUUCCUAUAUUAAAUCAGAUAUUUUAUUAAGAUUUAGUGUAGUACAAUCAGUUCAUCCUGAUUGUAUACUUCUCAUGUGUUUCUUCUUUUGAUGAAUAGAAAUUAUAAUUAAAAGAAUUGCAGUUCUGUAACACCCUGUUAAUGAUAAAUUUAUCUUCAUAAUACAAUCAUAAACACCAAUUUUCAAUAAAUUUGUACUUAAAAACAGGUAGGUGGAAUUAUUAGGUGCAGCGAUCACACAAUGUUGCCAAACAAUCAUGACUAGAAGGGUCCAAUCUUUUAUAUCGAGUAUGAAUCAAAUAUGGCUCGAGACGAGAUGUGAAUGUGUUAGGAUCUAAUACAGCACUGCCACUAGUGUAUUGGAUGUUAGGGGCUCUAGCAAUAAGCAACUGCAGUAUUAUAUGCUAUCUAGUUCCUAUAGAGGAUUUCUCUUUUUCUGGCUCAUCCAUUUCUCCUGGACCUACCUGCAUUAUUGUUGGUUUCAGUACAAAUAGUUUACGAUCUAAACUGAGUAUUCUCUGUUUUACAUUUUACCCAUUAAAUAUUUUCUUUAAAUUAAAGUUCAGAUGUAAUGGUUUGUUAAUAUACAUUUGGGUACUUUAUUAUAAAAUUUGAUGAAAAGUCCUGUUAAUAAUUAAUUAAAUUCAAUCUAGCCUGAGCAGCUGCAGCACUAACAGCUUAAGGGGAGUCUGAACACCCUAUCUUUCUUAUGCUAAAUUUUCAAUUUUGAUGUACCCUUUUCUCAGAAAUGGAAUAGGUAUUUGAAACUUUUACCAACUUUCUAAAACACUUUUUCUGUACAAUUUUAUAACAUUUGAUAGGAAAAUUAUUUGUAGUUAUUCGUGCUUUUUUGAAAAAAAAACAAUUUUUUGUAAUUUCUUUUAUUGUUAUUAGGCUUUAUUAAUAUGUUAUCUGAUUUUGUAUUUAGGUCAUAUUUGAUUGGAAUAAAUGUCAACACAGUAGCAUCGUGGAUCCUGAAAAAAGGUACAUAUAAGUAAUAAAAAGGUGAAUUUGUGGGAAAUCAGAGUUAAACUUUAUUUUACAGUAAAUUAAUUUAACUUAUACGUUAUUUGAUCUCUAAAAGUGCCCAGAUGAGUAGAAAUGGUUGUCUGGGUCAUCUUGUUCAUUUUACAACUCCUCAAGUUUUCUUUUUGUAGCUGUUCUUGAUUGUCGUGCCUUUUUUUUGUAGCUCCAAAAUUUGUUUCUUGGCUUUGCGUAUUUUAAUAAUGUCAGUGUUUUUCAACUCCUGAGUACAAUGCUUGCAGACAUUUAUGCCUAGUUUUCUCAAAAUCAAGCACUUAGCAAGAUUGCCUUUAUUAAAUGUACCAACAGCGUCAAAUGCACCAAACUUCAGGGUUUUGAAGGAAACGAACACAUUUUUAUUUUUAGUAAAACUUGUUCUAACACAAACACAAUUCUAACAAACAAUAAAAAUAACUAUAUUUCACUUCACAACAAAGAAUCAAACCAACUAACAGAUGUGAGAUCUGCUCAGUAUAACAGAUGGCUAUUACCACCAUAAGGGGAAAAUACCCUAGAUCAGCAAGUGAUAUAUAACCAAAAAUGUCUUGGUCAUUGCAGUUAUUUAAGCCGAAAACGGUAUGACAUUGUUUUACAAAAUUCGAUGCAACAUUUUUUCUAACCAUACAAUUUAAUUCAAAUUUGUUUUAAAUAAAUUAUAAAUAUCUGUAGGAAGUAAUAACAGCAAAAAAUAAAAUUAGAUUUUUUGUUCCUAUUUUGCGUUUCGACUCCCCUGAAACAUAUUUGUUGGAUAAUCCUUCAAAUUUUCUAUAAUAUCAUAUUUAUUUUAUAGAAUAUCAUGUCUCAUAUCAUUAAUGCGCUAUAACUUAGACUCAAUAAGGAUUUCUAGGGGACAUUCAUAUAGGUUUACAAGUUACCAAUUUUGUAAUGGUAGUGGACACAUUCAAAAUCUAUAAAACAAAUAUUACUUUUUAUAGAUUUGUUACAAAGUAGUAUUCAUAAUAUUACUCUGUAAGUUUGAGAAAGUGAAUUAUUCAAAGUAGCAAAAUUUGUUUUGAAAGUUUGAAUUUUUUAAAUUAUAAAUAUUUUUAUACUCGUAAAGAGUAAAAAUAUUUGUUAGUGAAAAUAAUACAAUUUCUUUUAACCCUUUUAGUGCUAUGGUACGAUACAUAAGAUCAUGUUUGACUUACAAGAACGCCGUGGCCCAAUAUUCUAGACUAUUCGCUUUUUUCACUUCCGACCAUGUAAAUGCUUUGAGAUUACAUGAAAAAACAGUAUUAACCAUACAGGUAAACAGUUUUAUAAUUAUUGCAACUGUGUUUGAAUUUUAGCAAAAAAUACUCAACAUUUCAUAUAUAUUGUUAACAGCAUAUAAAACCAUGAAUGUAAGUUCAUACAAUAAGCCCAAUAUUCCAAUACUUUUCAAGAAUAGGUCUUAAAAUAUUGCGUGCAUCUUAGAAAUCAACUUGAAAACAAAAUAAGCUAAUUUGAAAUGGGCACAUAUAUUUUCCCUUAUAUGUUUAGAAAGUAAACACAAAAAUUUUAAAUAUAAAAUAGUAUUAAAAUGGCUCACAUACAGUUAUUAUUAGGAAACCUAUUUAACCACCUAUAAUUAAAAAAAAAUGAUUCCCCACACAAAAUUGCUUUUAUUGUAAUGUAUGUGAAAUUUUGCAUUUCUGGUGUAAUAUGCUAUGGCCGUUUUAGGUAAAUAAUAAAAAUUAUGAACACUGAAAGGGUUGAUAUUUAUUGAGUUAUCGUUUAAAAAAAUCAUAAACAUAAGACAAAAUAAUUUAAUUUUAAAAUAUUGAUUGAUUACAUUUAUAAAUUUGUGACAACCACCAUAGCCUAAAUACAUUUUUUUUUUAUCAGUUGUUUGUAUAACCUUAAAAUAUAAACUUUAAAAUCGAUUUAUGGGAUAUUGUAAUAUUACAACUAAUGCAUUAUGAUAAGUUUUAUAACCAGUUAUUAAUGGUUUAAUAUUCAUUUCAUGAAUAUAUCUUUCGUUGAUUUGUACACCACAUUUAGAACUUACACUCUUGGAUCUUCAUAUUAAUGAUUUCUCAUAUAAUUUUAAUUCGUUUUUAUAAAAUUCUUAGACUUGAACAUUGAGUGUUCAAGUAUAAGUAGUCUUCCUUAGUUCAAUAAAUGUUUAUUGUAUGUUGGUAGUUUACAUUAACGUUAGCACAAAGGAGAGCGUGUGCCUUGUUAGGGGACUGGAGAGCCAGAAGAGAGAGUUCUGACUUCUGUUGAAUCGUUGGUCCCAUGGUUUGUGUUAAGCAAGAAUAAUUUCCAAAGAAAAUGAAAGUUUAGCUGAAUUGUUUCAUAUGGGGUUGUCAGAUCUCAGAGAGUAAUAUUACGUUGUAGUAGAUAAUAUACUAAAUGUUAUGUGUGUUGAGUGUUCAUUCUGUUGUAUUUGAAAUCAAUCCGAAAAUCUUGAUAAUAAUUUUAACAGACAAGAAAGUCUUUAAAAUACAGGUUGAUUGAAGACGUCCAAUACCACAUUCUGUGUAAAUAUGUGAAAGGUGUUUUAUGCAUUAUUUUUAAGAUUAGGAAAUGACUUCUAGUCAAAAAUACUGCAUAAAUUAAUGAAAUAUUAGACUUAUAUUAGGCUAGAUAAAUGUUGUGCACAUACUUAUAUGUUACAGAUUAAUGUAGUAGUUCUAUUGUAUAUCUCGUCAUUGUGUGUUUGUGUUGAGAUUGUGAGCUUUGGUUGUGCGAGUGAAGCCCACUCCAUCUCAACAGUUGGUUGUAAUGUUUAUACAUCCUGCAUUUUUAUUUUAAUAAUAUUUUGUAAAAAAGGUCAAUUGACAUAUUCCAUAACUGAAACAAUAAAUUAGUGUAGUAGUCCAACUCAUUUGUGGCACGAACAAAAUAUAUUCUAAUUAGAUUAUAAAAUGCACGGUACUGAAAAAUAAACAUAUCAGCAGAAUGUUACUUCUGUGUUGAAUUUUCUUGUAAACUAGUUCUGUUUUAGUAAAAACAGGGUCCAAUUUGAAAUAUACUCACAAUGCUUUGUUUUUGAAGAUAUUGAUUUAUUAAUAUUCGUAAAAAGUUUUGUAUUAAAAAUGUUAAGCCAAACAUUAACAACCGUGUUUUAUUUAGUUCAAUGAAAUUCUCUGCAAAAACUCUAGUUAGGCCUAUCAUUUCAUAAUAUUUUUAUGUAAUGGCAAAGUUCAUAUAGCAGAUAAAUGCACUUAGGAAUGUCACAAAACUUCUGAAAAUUGGUAAAUUAUAACUUUUUCUUUAUAGAUAUGUAAUAACAAAACAUCCAUCAGAACUUUCUUGGGUGGAUAUUGUAUUCCCCACUGUAGGACUAGUUAAUAGUAGUUAUUAGCAUUGACGGACCUCUUCCAUCAUAGUUAUCCUUGCUUAACCCUUUUAGUGCCAGAAUGCAUUAUAUCACACUACUUUCUCUUUUCCCAACCAUCCAAGUACUUAAUUUUUACUUGAAAUUACAUGAAACAACCAAGUAAGCUAUAUGCUAACUAUGCUAUAUGGUCAAAAUAAUUUUUAUAUGUAUUAUGCUAAACUAUUUUGGAUCUUGUAUGUAUUGUGGGCAGUAUAUAUAGCUCAUGCUCUAAGCCCAGUAACCCCUACAAACUUUAAGGGAAGAUUUUAAAACUAUGUACAUGUUAGAAAAUAAACUAAUACCAAAAUAAAGCUUUUGGAAGGGGCUCAUAUACACUGGGGGAAAUAAAAUGAAAAAUCUUUCAUGUAAAAUUGAAAUGCCUCAUGGCUGUUGUUUGAAAGUUAAGUUUUAACUUUCUAUAAUCUAAAUACUUUAAACAAAUCUUCACUGUACUUUAUGUGAAACAAUAUUUUUUAGAUUAAAUAUGGCUUGUCUAUUUAACCAAAAACAAGGUGGAAACUAAAAGGGUUACAAGGGCAAAUUCAGGGAGCACAUAAGUGUUUUACAGUUGAGAAUUUGCAAAGUAUUUGUGAAUGGAAUGUAUCUUUGAUUAGUUUUACACUAUUCUAACAUCUAGGCUCCAUUUGUGCAUUCAGGAUUUUCACUCAUGUUAACAAAUUAAGAAAGGAAAUCCCAAUUUAAAUUCUUUUAACAAUACAAAUAAGUUAUACUUUUUGUAUAUACUGUAUCUUAUUUUAUGUACUGUAUAUUAAUUGUCAUACAGUCUCUUAAUACAGUACCUUGUAUUUACAAUAUUAAAGCACUUCUCAUUUGGAGGUUAGAAUAUUAUGACUUGAUAAAAACCUUCUGUAUUGACUUUUGAUCUGAAGUUCUUAACUCACUUUAAAAUUUCCAAGUGUUCUUAAAAACCGGACAAACAGCCCUAGGCAUUUUCCUAGAUUGGUGUAAUUUAGUGAUUCUAAGAAAUCUUCUGUACAAAUUGUACAAAAACAUUAGGUGUUAAUUCUUUGUUAUAAACAGAACUGGUAGAAUUUUCUUGAGCUAGUUGUAAUUAGGCAUGUUUUUAUCUGCUUUAACAAGAGUGAAGUGUUUGCUAUAAAUAUUUUAUUGUUAAAUAUAUUCUUCUGUUUGAAAUUUUAUAAAGUUCUUAAGAAAUAAAUUAUAAAAAUAAGAUUAUAGCCUAAAUACCGGCUCGGCACAACUUGGUGCCUGAUCUCAACUUGUCUUAGCCUGGUGCAACUGCCCUUCCUUGUGAUACGGUAUGGUGGAAGUUACCACUUCUAAGGCUACCAACAAACAUCAUGUAUUAUUGAAUGUACAUACUAGCUGAUUAAGGUUGUCUUGUAUUAUGUUUUGUGCUUGCCACCUAGAGGAUUUUAAAUUUUACUUAUUUAUUACAGUUUUAACAAACUGAAAUCAUUUUAUCUUUUGUUAACAAAGAUUGAUAUUUUAUUAAUUAUUUUAUUUCUACUAGCGCAAUAUUAAAUUAAUGUUGUUACUUAAGUUAUUUAAAAUAGUUGUUUAAAAGUUGUGUUUUACUGUAGAGUAUGAAAGCCAAAAUUGCAUGUUGUGGUAAAGUUAUCGGUUAUUGGCCAAACAUCAUUUUCCAUAUGAUUUUGGUUGCUAUUAGUCAAAGAAUUCUUUUGUUUAUUCGUUAACGUUAAUAAUAUUUGUAAAGACUUCAGAGUAAAUAAAAUAAAUUGUAUUUAAUCGAGUUUUUACUUUAUGUUUAAACUUAAUUUUUAUUUUGUAUGAUAAUUUUACAAAAAUAUUUGUAAUAUAAAAAAGUUUAUUAAACCACAAAGUAAAAUUAAUCAAAAUUGUGGUAAGUAUCUAAACCACUUUUUGUAUAACACAAAUGUAACUUUCAAAAAUUAAAUAAAAUUUUUAUGAUCUAUAUUUUUUAUUUAGUUUUAGUGGUUAGGUUUUAAUGAUUUGUAUACAUAUUGAAAUGUAAUGUGGCAUGCUACCUUAGUAUUCCCACCGAAAUACGUUUUACUAAUGCUUGUAGUUUUCCUUGAUUUUCAGUGUUUGUGGAGUAUAUUUUAAGUUUUAACAAUUUUUUAGACUUUUCAAUCUUUUUGUUGAAGUCAAAAUUCAUUUUACCACUGAUGCAAUGCUUUCAUAGUCUUUCUUGUUAAAUAUCAAGUGCAAAAAGCAUAAUGACUGCAUUUACACAAAGUGUUAUUAUUAAGAUCAGCUUUUAGUAAUUGUAGAUCAUAGAUAAAUAUUUAUUUUAUAAUUAUUAGAAUAAUUAUGAUGUUUAUAUUUAGUUGUUUAGCUUUUACAACUUGAAUUGUAUAUUUUGGUAUCUGGAACAUCCCAUAUAAAUUUUUCUUUCAGAUGUGAUUUUAUCUUGUUGAAAUUGUAACAUUGAAUCAUUGUUUACAAAUGUGCAUGGAUAUAAUCUACUGUUCACUAUUGAUUUUUAGGAAAUAAAUUACUAUUGUCUAAAA